GUUCCACCCUUUCGCUUUUUUUUUUUUUUUUCGGUUAUCUUACCGGCUCACUCGUACAGCUGCAGGUGAGAUACUGCACCUCUCUUCCGUGCGGGUUGGUUCUUCGAAAAAUUUCCCUGGUCUCUUUUUAACCUGAAGUAACGGCUUCAUUAAGCAUGGCGAACAGACUGCUGCAGAUCAGUGAACGUGCAGUCAAGUUGGCACCCAUAGUAACACGGGCCCAACCAGCAGCUGCAUAUCAUGGCCGUGCCCUUAUUGGCAAGCGAGAAGUGGUUGGCUUUGGCAUGAACGGCGAGUAUAGCUACCUUGACAACCCUGACUUCCCUAUGCCAGCCAUCCGUUACAAGGAGCCCUCUCCAGAGAUUGAAAAAUUGCGUGAGAAGGAGAAGGGUGAUUGGAAAAAUCUCAGCCUGGAGGAGAAGAAAGCAUUGUAUCGAUACAGCUUUUUCCAGACCUAUGCUGAAAUGAAUGCAUCUCGAAAUGAGUGGAAGCCCAUUUUGGGGAAUGUGUGCUUGCUUUUGGGUUGCACCCUCUGGGUAUGGAUUUUCCUCAAGAAGUUCGUUUAUGGGCCAUUGCCACAAUCGACCACCCUGGAAGCCAGACAAGCUCAGCUGCAGAGGAUGAUUGACCUUAGGGUGAAUCCCGUUGAGGGCAUUGCCUCGAAGUGGGACUAUGAAAACAACAGGUGGAAGUGAAGAUUUCUUCAGUGCACCACACAAAGGCACCAGAAGUAUAUGGCCACCACUCAUCGUAGGCUUCAAAUGCAGUGGAAACCAUGCAGCGCUGACAAGAAUUUAUGAUGAAGUGCUGCAAAACACACAUAUUUGCGCACAUGAGCAGAGUAGCAUCAUACUGAGACGAGCUGAUAUUAACUGCUGGGCUUCGCAAACUGCUCUUGCUACUGAGUUUUGUGUAGUGGGUUCUCGCUUUUUGGGCCAUGUCGCCACUUCCCGCUUGUGUGUGUACUGUACAAAGUGAAGAUUGGUUUAUUUGAUAUCGCUCUGGCCAGAACUGAACUAUACUGAACUUGAGAGACAAAAAUCAGCAUUGUCACAGCACCGGGGUGGGGUCUUGCAGGAUGUCUAGCAACCGGGAAAAGUUGGGGAAAUUGUUAGUACCUGAAAAAGUAGUGUAAUUUUCAGGGAAUUUUUAUUUUAGUGAGUAAAGUCAUGGAAAAUGACUAAUUAAACUGCCCAAGUUGGAAAUUCAAGUAGUCUGGUUGCCCGCAAUAUUAGUAGACUUUUUGCAGUAGUGCAAAUCAACUGUUCUGUAUAAUUGUUUUCAGUCACCAUAAUAAAGGAACAGACCUGGAAAUUACGUGCAGCACUGGCUUCUGGCUCAACGUGAGCUCACGUUUAGCCCCUGCAUGCAGUUGUAGGACAGUGGGACCUUCCACCGCAGUACAUAUGUUUAUACGCAGGACUUGCCAUACGUGAAGCAUCUUGUAUGUUGUGGUGAAGAAUAUUUGUAGUUGUAGGGGCAAAUCCGGCAGACAGGAUACAUGGCAAAGACGAACCAAACGGUUUAGUUUUUUGUAGAGUGUUUUUUCUUUCUUUUUGAUGAGUUGACGCUACAUAGCGGCUGCAUUAGCCAAUAGAAAUACACAUUACAGACAGUUUUUGUGAGUUUAACAAGUCCACUGGAUUGCGUUGAAAUACACAUGGGGCAACAGCAUGCAGGAGACCAUAGAUUAAAAAGGCUAAACUUAUCUCGGAGUUGCUGCAUUAAUACAUUUUGUUGCACUAUUAAAACCCGGUUGUAAUAAUUAGUCCACAUUGGGUACUCUAGGGCAGCUGUGUGGCGUAAACCAAAUUUGCCGCGAUUUGUCUGCUGUACUACUGAAGUUCUCUUGAGGAAAUUCCUAUAUAUACAGCAUAAAUUUGUACCCCAGGUGUGCAACUCUUAGUUGGAAAAAGCAAUGGGAAGAAUUAAGUGGCAGUUCUGUGAAAGCCACAUGUUUAGCAAUUCUGUGUGUAUUGCAGUGAAGAUGUGCGGGUUAAGGACUGGUGGGUUGAGCAGUGAUCCAACUUUUUUUGUGUAAAAGUAUGCUUAGUAACUCCCUUAAAUGAGUUAUGGGUCCUUUUCUCUAAUGAACUAUUCAUAUUCUUUAACGGCCCACAACAUUGUCCCAUUUACAGUAGAACACACAGUGCCAUUUUCUCAAAUUUGACACAAUUUUCUGUUCCUAGUCAGGAUGUCUAGCGACCUGUAAAAGUCGGGGAAUAUUUAAGUGAGUAAAGUCACGGAAAAUGUUAUUAAACUACCCUAAUUGCAAAUUCAUGUAGGUUGGUUCCCUGCAAGGUUAUUGGGCUCUUCACAGCACUGCAAGUCAGCUUUCUUAUACAAUAAUUCUACUUGCAAUUGCCAUAAUAAAGGAAUUUAUAUGUAAAUCACAUGUUAAAGGACUCCAGGCAGUCAAAAUUAAACCAUAGUCCCCCACUAUGGCUUGCCUCGGGAUCGGAUAGUUGUUUUUGUACAAAAAAUCCCAGAAUUUAUUUAUUUUAUGUUAUGUGUAGCACUGGCUUCUGGCUCAACGUGAGCACACGCUUAGCCUCUGCAUGCACUUGCAAGAAAGUCUGAUCUUCUACCACACUAUAGUUGUUUAUACGCAGGGCUUGCCAAACGUAAGCAUCUUAUAUGUUGCAGAGAAAGAUAUUGAUGGUGGCAGGAGCGGACCUAGCCUUUAUGGGUACACGCCAAUGAUGGACCAAAGGCUUUAGUUCACCGCUGAGCAUUCUUUUACUUGUAUUGUCGGCAAUAUAUAGAUGCGUUAUUAGACACCUUUUAUUAUUGUAAUAAUAAAUACAGUGGGUUGUGCUGUCACUCA